AUGGCGGCGGCAUUCAAGAAAAAGUCCUUGCAGAAGUGGGAGGAAGCCAAGAAAUUGCGCGGCGAUCCGGUGCUCCACGAUCUAAAGCGAGCUACACAACAGGCCAAGCGAAAACUCAGCUCGUCGGGCGGUUCGAGCAGCCUCAGCAGUUCGAUCGGGCCGGACUCCGAGUCGCAGACGGUAUUUCGGCAGCGCUCGCAACAGUCAUGGCGCAAGCAGCAUCAAGAAUUGGUGGACGAAGCUGGACGCAUUAGUGACGGCAACACUUUUGCGCGUGGGAAGGACAGCGUCUCAGAAACCAGCCUCAUUGACAAGCUGCUUCAGAAAGGUUACGGACUGGGCUCCAACCAGACUAACACGAAUGCAGAUGUAGAUGCAACGCAGUCGAGUGCAACCACCGGGAGUUUUGAAAGAGCAGCAAAAGAGCGCGAGUCAUCAUUGACUCAAGAAUCUUUCAGGGACCGGCUGGUGAAGUUUUACACCAAGUACAAUCCAACCAAGCUAAAUUCAGUAGAUCGCACACUGGAGACGUACAGCGGUCGAGAAGACGAACUGUUUCGGAAGCUGCACGAGCGUUAUGUGUCCGUCACUAGCUUGAAAGAACGCAAGAAGAAGUUCAUCACGAAGACGACUGACCCCACUGUCUACAUGGACAUCUCAAUCACUGGAGCUCCAGCAGGCAGGAUCGUCAUGCGUCUGCUCAAGAACGAAAUUCCGCUCGCAGCGGAAAACUUUCGCUGCCUAUGCACAGGCGAAAAGGGGGGAAUUCUUACAUUCAAGGGGUGCAAGUUUCACCGCAUCAUCAAAAACUUUGUUGUCCAAGGCGGAGACUUCACCACCGGGGACGGAACGGGUGGGCAGAGCAUCUACCGCGGCACUCUACAUGGUGAUCUCUGGGGUAACUUUAAGGAUGAAAAGUUCUUGCCCCAUGAUGACGUGGGACUGUUGUCUAUGGCGAAUGCUGGCAAGAACACAAACGGCUCACAGUUCUUCAUCACGACGAAGGCAGGUCUCAAUAAUCUCGAUGGGAAGCACGUCGUGUUCGGUGAGGUCAUCGAUGGAUUCGACGUCGUGGAUGCGAUGCAAAGUGUGAAGGUGAGCAAUGGCAAUGAUCGCCCUCUUCCGGAGAAUGAAGUCGAAAUUGUGGAUUGUGGCGAGCUGUAAAGCAGUACAAAAGUGAAAAAAAAGGUUUUGU